CUGAGUGUGAAGCGGUUCGGAUGAGAAUCAACUCCUCCAAAUGUGAGACCAUGGUACUCAGUUGGGAAACGGUGGAGUGCCCUCUCCAGGUCAGGAAUUAGUUCCUACCCCAAGUGGAGAAGUUCAAGUAUGAAUGGAGCUGGAGAUGGACAGCCGGAUCGUUGCAGCGUCUGCAGUGAUGUGGACUCUGUAUCUGUCUGUGGUGGUGAAGAAGGAGCUGAGCCAAAGGAUGAAGCUCUCGAUUUACAGGUCGAUCGGUUGUUACCUAAAGAACGAGAUUGCAGAUAAAAGCGGCUGAAAUGAGUUUUCUCCGCAGGGAGUCUGGCGGGCUAUCCCUUAGAAGAAAGGGAGAGAAGCUCGGUCAUCUGGAAGUCAAGCCACUGAUUCUCCGCAUUGACAUGAGCCAGGUGAGAUGGCUCGGACAUCUGAUUAGGAUGCCUCCUGGACCUCCUCCCUGGUGUGGUGUUUGGGGGUGAGGCGAGACAGUCACAGGGCAAUGCUGACCCGCAACCGUCACAUCCAUCCAGGCCAACCAGCGCCCCAAAGGAUGUGUGAAUGUAUGUAGUGCAUUAAAAAUCUGCGGGAGCAAGGCAUGGCGGGUCAGAGAGCAGGCCGGAGUGCCGGGAUACCUGGCCUAGUGUCCUCGCCAGCCCAACCCUGCCCUCCCCCCACGGGUGUAUGAUGCAUUAAAACUGGAGAACCGACAGAGCAGUGGGGGAGAGGGCGCCCAGACCGGAAACCAGCACAGAUGUGCCAGCACUUGCCCCGGUGCCCACCCCAUCAUACCUGAUGCCAGUCACCCAGGGGACCCUGAAUGCAAUAUGAGUGUGUCCAAUGUGUGGAGUAUUUACAGUGAUAAUAAAAAGCUGUGGCCAAAUAAGGCUUGGAAUGAUGCGGCAUCUUUUUGUGGUUAUUGACUGUUCUAGAAGUAUGGAGGAUCAAGACUUAAAACCAAACCGCCUCACUGCAACUCUAAAGCUGAUGGAAGCUUUUAUUGAAGAAUAUUUUGACCAGAAUCCCAUCAGCCAGGUGGGAAUUAUCGUUACAAAGAAUAAAAGAGCUGAGAAGCUCACAGACCUGUCAGGGAACCCAAAGAAGCACAUUGCAGUUCUGAAGAAAGCAGUGGACACUGUGUGUCUAGGGGAACCAUCUCUGUACAAUUCCCUGAACUUGGCCUUACAGACCCUGAAACACAUGCCUGGGCACACAAGCCGGGAGAUCCUGAUCAUCCUCAGCAGCCUCACCACAUGUGACCCAGCCAACAUCUAUGAGAUGAUCCAGACCAUGAAGUCAUUGAAGGUGCGAGUGUCUGUAAUCGGUCUGUCGGCGGAGGUUCGGGUGUGUACCGUGUUGACCAGGGAGACUGGUGGAUCGUACCAUGUCAUCCUGGAUGAGAGCCAUUUCAAAGAGCUGUUGCUGACGCUGCAUGUGAAACCUCCCCCUGCCAGCUCCUCAUCUGAAUGCUCUUUAAUACGUAUGGGGUUUCCCCAGCAUACUUUUAGCUCUCUGACUGACCAGAACGCCAAACCUUCUUUCAGCAUCGCUCUAUUAGAUGGCAGCAAUGAUCCAGUUCUCUCUCUGGGAGGAUACUUAUGUCCGCAGUGUCAUGCUAAGUACAUGGAGCUUCCAGUGGAAUGUAAAGUCUGUGGUUUGACUCUUGUGUCGGCACCACACCUCGCCAGAUCCUUUCACCACCUCUUUCCCCUACAUGUCUUCAUUGAAACACCGAUAGGAAACGCCCCUGACAAAAGGUUCUGUGAUUCUUGUCAAGGAGAAUUAAAAGAUAAAAGGAUGUUCACCUGUCCGUUCUGUCACAGUAUGUUUUGUGUGGAGUGUGAUCACUUCAUUCAUGACUCACUACACUGCUGCCCUGGUUGUGUUCACACUCAAGGCACCCCUUAAAACCACUCCCAGUGGUGCGAAGAGGGUGAGAGAAGUGAUGAUUAUUGUAAAAGCCUGUGACUGAUAUGUUGGACAAUUUUUAAUUUGCAGCGUUGAAGUGGUGAGGCCCUGGCUGCGCCCCCAGAACACACCCACUCUUGUACUUGGAUUAGUUUGUCCAUUAAAGCAAUUUUGAAUAUUAGAUUUUGGUUAAAUAAUAGAUUUACAUAAAGUACACAAAGACAGUCCUGUGACACGUUUUUUUUAAUUUUGUAUUUUUUUUUUUAGGAUGUUGAUAAUUUGCAGACAAUUUCAUUUCCGAAUCACUUAUUUCAAUGGCUGAUUCAGCUGUUUGUUCAACAACUACGGGAUACUUUCUUGUGUUAAGACCUGUCUUCUGAGCUUCCAUACAACAGUACAACAGAAACCAGCACUUACACGACAGUGAUGUUGUUUAUUGAUGUUACAAUUACAAAGAACAAUAAAGCUGAAAUGUUUUUUA